GACUUCCCUAAUCCCAAAAAUCGAUCCACAACUUCCUCGAUUCAUCAACUUAUUGCACCCGCCACAGACGAUCAUACGUCCGAACCCUUCAUAAAUAUUGAUCUCCAGCUCAUUUGAUUCGACAGAAUCUUCAUAUUUAUUUAUGUAUUAAAUUUAAAAGAAUAAAAAGGAAAAACGAAGCUUGUCCUUCUACAGUUCUACACAUAAAACUAUGCAUGUCGUCAAUGAUCGGCGAAGAAACAUACGCUCCCCCCAAUACAUACAAUAAUCGGCGAUGCUGAGGCGUAGACGGGCCAAAAUGUCCGACAACCCGCCGCCUGAGAAAUCGGACGACAAAUCGGGUUCGGAUUUCGGACCUGAACCGGCGGCGAGGGAAUCGAGGAAUAAUUGGGGCUGCGCCGGGAACUGCUGCUGGUUCGUUGGAUGCAUAUGCUCGAUGUGGUGGUUCCUGCUCUUCCUCUACAGCGCGAUGCCGGCGGCGCUGCCGCUGUACUUGACGGAGGCGAUCGCCGGCCCGGCGACGGAGCCGCCGGGAGCGAGGCUGGCAAGGGAGGGCCUGAAAGCGCUGCACCCUGUGGUGUUCGUGCCGGGGAUUGUGACGGGCGGGCUCGAGCUGUGGGAAGGCCACGCCUGCUCAGAGGGGCUGUUCAGGAAGAGGCUUUGGGGCGGCACCUUUGGCGAAGUCUACAAGAGGCUGAAUGCUUUCUCUGGUCUAGCAUGGAAACUUGAUGAGAAACAAGUGAUUGUGGACUGGACAACGCCCUUGUGCUGGGUUGAGCAUAUGUCACUGAAUAAUGAAACUGGGUUAGAUCCUCUGGGCAUAAAGAUCCGUCCUGUUUCUGGCCUUGUAGCAGCUGAUUACUUUGCACCAGGUUACUUUGUUUGGGCAGUUUUAAUUGCCAACUUGGCUCAUAUUGGAUAUGAAGACAAAAAUAUGUUUAUGGCUGCCUAUGAUUGGAGGCUGGCGUUCCAAAAUACCGAGGUUCGGGACCAAACUCUAAGCAGGAUAAAAAGCAACAUAGAGCUCAUGGUUGCUACCAACGGAGGUAAGAAGGUGGUGGUUGUGCCACAUUCAAUGGGUGCUCUGUAUUUCUUGCAUUUCAUGAAAUGGGUCGAGGCACCUGCACCAAUGGGGGGUGGUGGUGGGCCAAAUUGGUGCGCUAGGCACAUAAAGGCUGUAAUGAACAUCGGUGGACCUUUUCUGGGUAUUCCUAAGGCAGUUACAUCAUUGUUCUCUGCCGAAGCCAAGGAUAUAGCAGUUGCAAGGGCCCUUGCGCCAGGUAUUAUGGAUAAGGAUAUAUUUGGUUUUCAAACAUUGCAGCAUGUGAUGCGAAUGACUCGCACUUGGGACUCAGCUAUGUCAUUGUUGCUAAAGGGUGGGGAAACUAUCUGGGGUGGACUUGAUUGGUCCCCUGAAGAAAGUCACAAGUGCAAUUCAAAGAAGACAAUCAACGACAACCAAAAAUCACGACAUAACAAGACUACUGAUUUGCCCAAUUUUAGCAGUGUGAAGUAUGGAAGAUUAUUAUCCUUCGGAAAGGAUGUCACGGAGUUACAUUCAUCAAAGAUCGAGCGUAUUGACUUUCGGGGUGCUUUGAAGGGAAGAAAUUUAGCAAACAUGACCUGCCGUGCUGUAUGGACAGAGUACCACGACAUGGGAAUUGAGGGAAUCAAAGCAGUAGCAGAUCAUAAAGUGUACACAGCUAGUUCAGUCUUGGAUCUUCUUCGUUACGUUGCGCCAAAGAUGAUGCAGCGUGGAGAGGCCCACUUUUCAUACGGAAUAGCCGACAACCUGAAUGACAAAAAAUAUAAUCACUACAAAUACUGGUCAAACCCCCUAGAGACAAAAUUACCAAAUGCUCCCGACAUGGAGAUAUUCUCGAUGUAUGGAGUCGGGAUCCCAACUGAACGAGCAUACGUGUACAAAUUCAGCCCUGCCGCGGACUGCUUCAUCCCUUUCCAGAUCGACUCGUCGGCCGAGGGCCGGGACCACAGCCACUGUCUGAAAGGAGGGGUUUACUCUGUGGAUGGAGACGAGACAGUCCCUGUCCUGAGCGCCGGGUUCACGUGCGCCAGGCUUUGGCGCGGAAGGACGAGGUUCAAUCCCUCGGGCACACGCACUUUUGUUAGGGAAUACAGACACACUCCUCCCUCGACACUUCUUGAGGGCAGGGGAACAAACAGUGGGGCCCACGUGGACAUCAUGGGAAACUCUGCCCUGAUUGAGGAUAUUAUCCGGGUGGCGGCGGGAGGUGGCGGGGAGGAUUUGGGUGGGGACAGGGUGCAUUCGGAGAUCUUCAAAUGGUCGGAUAGGAUUAAGCUGAAACUGUAA